AUGAUGUCGCUGGUGGGCCACGCCGUCGGCGCGGCGGUGGCCACGCUCACGCCACUGCCCGCGCUGUACGGCAUGCUCGUGGUGCCCGCCGUCGCCGGCAACCUGGACAUCCGGGAGCUGGAGGUCCUGUCCCUGCUUCGCGGCGACACGGCCGCCCUCAUCGUCUUCGCCUCCAUGGGGGUGUUCAUCGCGCGCGCGGGCAUCGACGUGGAGCUGCUGCUGCUGCAGAGCUCGUCCGGCAUGGUGCUGGCGCUGGGCUUCUUGCCGCUGUUCGCCGAGACGGCCUUCGUCACCGUGGCCGCCUCGCAGGCCCUGGACAUCUCCUGGCGCUGGGCCUUCCUCCUCGGCUCGCUCACGGCCCCCAUGUCCCCCUUGGUGGUGAUGUGGACCGCGCUGAACCUCCGCCGCAAGGAGCUGGGUUCGGGCGGCUCGGUGUGCUCGCUGCUGCUCGUCGUCAGCGCCCUGGACUCGGCGGCGGCCUUCUGCAUCUUCGGCGUGGCCCUCAAGUGCGCCAUGGACGCAGAGUCCUGGGCGUCCAUCGCCAUGGCCGUCUUCCAGCUGCCCUCCGGCAUCCUCAUCGGCGCCGUCAUCGGCUUCAUGUCCAUCUACGUGCCCAACGAGUACAACGUGCACGCCACCUUCUACCGGGUGGAGAUGCUGCUGGCCGUCAACGUGUGCAGCGUCAUCGCGUUCCACUACUUCCUGGGCAUGCCGGCCGUCGGCUACCUCUCGGCCUUCACCACGGCCUGCGUCGCGUCCAACGGCUGGAAGACGCUGUCCAUGGACGCCAACAAGAACACGCUGCGGACCAUGAUGUCCUUGAGCUGGCUCAUCAUGCAGCCCCUGGCCAUGUCCAUCGUCGGCCCGCACAUCUACGUGUCCCGCCUGGGCGGCUGGCGGCAGCUGCGUUUCAUCGGCGUGCUCCUGUGUGGCGUCGCGGUGCGCAUGGUCGUGUCGGUGCUCUGCUGCGUCAAGUCCAAAAGGCGGUGGGCCGAACGGCUGUUCAUCUGCAUCGCCUGCGUGCCCAAGGGGACCGUCCAGUUGUUGACGUGCAGCUGGACGCUGCUCCGCGGCUUCCCCGACGACGACGCUGGCGGCGACGCUGGCGGCCAGGCCAUGGCGCAGAUGGUGCUGGACUGCUGCGUGUACGCCCUGCUGGUGACGGGGCCGCUGGGCACGCUGCUGUCCUCCUCGCUCGCCCCCAGGCUGCUGCGGAAAAGCGGAGAGGAAGAGGCGCCCUCCGAGAACCACCAGGGGAAUCACCCCGACAUGUCGUUUUGA